AUGAUCAAGUCCAGGAGAUUUGCUCAAGCCGCUUGGCUUGGCUCCCAGGUAGAGACACCCUGGGGCAUACUUGGAUGGCCUGUUAAGCUGGGCCGAGUGGACGAACAACAUGAGAAGAUUCGCACAGAGUCUGUGCGUUAUGCAAAGGUGGUGAAUCUGAAGAUCCCAUGGGAAAUUUCCCUAAGAACGCGAUCUAAGCCCCCAGUCGCGCGCACCCACCAUCAAUCCACCACGGACCACGGACCAACCCCAGGGCUUGGCGGGCACCAGGGCUCUGGAAUGAUGGACCCUCGUCACUCCUCAAUUUUGACAUACCAAUAUCGUGGUCCUGUCAUCGUUGGUGUCAGCGGCCCCCCACUACACACAGCCAUUAUUAGUUGGGCUAGCCUAGACCAUAGAGUAAGAAUUUUACCUUACAAUGCGCCAGCGGUAUGCCCAAAAUAUUUCAACGACCUCGACCAAGAUACCCAAGUCGAGCCUGAGCAAUUUUUGCUACCGCGGCAUUCUGCAAGUGUUCUAGACAUCAACUUCUACCACUACGAGCAAAGGCCAUGGCGCAUAUCCCACUCUACAGCUGAGAAGAAACCUUGUGUAUUCCGAGUCAAGCCUAGUUUGCGAUGGACAAAUCCGGCCACGGCGCAACGAGAUGCAUAG